GUUAUUUAUUUUAAUUCUUCCUCAUCUUUCUUAUUGUCUCUUGUUCCAUACGCACUCCCACUCAGAUUAGUAGGUGGCGCUAAUGUACAUUUAUACGUUAAACACCAGAAGAAGAAACCCGCGUGAGUUUGAGGUUUGAAUGGAUGUUGCCAUGAGUUUAUCGAUACAUGAAGAUCUUAUAACGACUAUGUAUGAAAAUGGACACACAGACACAGAAAUAUCAUUGCAUUUAUCAGAGCUAGGAAUGCAGAGGGGGAAUUCAGAGAGAAAUAUAAGAAAAUUCCGUUCUGAAAGAGGUCUUAAAAGAAAAUGCUUCUCCGACGAGGAAUUAGAGUUGGCGGUUUCACGAGCAGUUGUAAAGACUGGACCAUAUUACGGGCGUAAAAUGAUGACGGGCUACCUUGCUGCACAAGGUGUUAAUGCAUCAGAGGUCAGAGUGGGACAGACAUUGGCACAAAUGCAUGAACCAUAUCACCGGGCUCGAUGCCAGGGAGCACGGAAUUUGAAUCCGGUCCCAUACAAUGCAGAGUAUGUGGGUCACAAACUCCAUAUGGACCAAAAUGAAAAGCUUUGCAUGUUUGGUGUCACACAUGUUAUUGCAAUUGAUGGCUUCAGCAAGAAAAUUGUUGGCCAUUCCACUAUGCCAAUAAAGAACAAUUUAACCAUUUAUGAAGAGGUGUACAAAAAAGCUGUCCUUUCCCAUGGGAUGUGGGACCAGGUCAGAGUGGACCAUGGCACAGAAUUUUACCUAACCCUCUUCAUGCAGGAAAUGUUGGCAGAAUACAGACAUAACCAGCAGAGACUACCUUACCUCCAGACAACAUCAACUAAAAACCACACUGUUGAGAGAAUGUGGCCUGAAGUAAAUAAGCGGGUCAAUUUCCCAAUCAAGAGUGCACUCAUCCAAAUGGUUGACCAGGAGUCUUUGGACAUGGAGGAUGGGUUGAUGAGGUACUGUGUGUCCAAUCUUACUUGCCAGAUCAGCCAGAUUGGAGUGCAGAGAUUUGUUCAUGCAUGGAACUGUCAUAAUAUUACAGGCAAAGGCAUCCCAAAUCUGCUGGCAAGACAUGGCUGCAAAACAAGGAUUUUAGCAGAAUAUCUGCCAAGUGCAUCAGAAUCUGCUGAGCUGUACCAUCAGGAAAUGGGACAGAGAUUGACCACUCCAUCAUCGUUUGGUAUUGACCCAUUCCAGUCUGUAGAGGCUAAAAUUAGGGCAGAGACAGAAUUUAAUUUUCUUUAUAUUGACCUUGGAGAUGUACUGAACUGUACUGUAAAUGAGCAUUACCACCCAUUCCAGGACUGUUUAACUGAGCUAAUUAACAUCACCAGAAGAUGUGCAUAGUUGCUUUAUUUUGUUGUAAUUGUAAUAAUGAACACAACAUCAAGUCAUGUCAUUGUAUAUUAAUCAUUUUGCCUACUGUUGCAUGGAGUGUUUCAAAUAUUACAAGAACAGUUACAUUAAGUGUAAUAGUGAAAUUCUGGAUAAAAUUCAAUGAUUUGUAUUGGUCGGUUUAAAGCAAAACAAACUUGUACUGACAAACGACAAUCUAAUAAAUUAAAUGUU